AGCCAGCUUAAUACCCAUGUGUCAGGUGGCAGAGACCCUUUAAUAAGCCCUAGCGCCUCUGCACACAUUGUCGCUCUCCAGAUCAGCCCUGGGAGCAGGAAUCCUAUGAAAGAGAAGAAAGAACAGAUUAAUAGCAGAAGCUUUAGAGGGCUAUUACAGGGGUCUAAUGAGGGCUCAUUGUUUCUAAGUAGUUUUAUUGUUUGCUAAUGAUGGCUCUUCUGUGGAUUGUAGGGUAGGAGCACAAUGAGGACUACUUCCCCGUGAGCACGUUUGUCAGGCUAGCCUAUCCUAGCAGCCAGGUCACUGUUGCAGCAGACACACUGACAAAGCCAAGGAACGAGCACUCACUGCGCACGCGCCGCUCGGAUUCCUCUCUCUCCUGCCUCUUUUUGAGGUGUCGCUUCUCCCCUUUCUACCUACGGUAGUACUGAGCCGGUGACGUCACGCCAUACGUUGCGUUAAUCCACCUUGCUGUAAGACUGAACUUGGCCAGCAGGUGGCAGGCUCCCUCCUCCGUCUCGAAGUCAUUCUCUCCCCUGUUUAUCAUUGACCCUAAAAGAAAAAAAAAGGAGAAAGCAAAACAGAGAGAGAGAGAGAGAGAGAGAGAGAGCGAGAGCGAGAGCGAGAGCGGGCCCUGUCUGCGGCUCUCAGUCCUCCGGGGCUCUUCGUAUGUCUCAUUAUUGGCGCCUCAGGACACUGUGUGAUAAAGAUCCGCGCCUGCUGGGAAGUCCCAGGGACUAGCAUCUGAUUUCCUUACAUUUUCCUUUUGUACGUUCCUAUUGGAAGCCUGGAAAAACUUUGCCUUCGCACACCAGUUGGCAGUCGCCUACCCCGCCGGAGCUGGUGCUUCCCCGUGGCACACUCUAGCGAAGAAUGGAGUUUUCCGAGCGGAGACGGAGCAGGAAAUCCCAGAGCUACAAGCUGGUGAAUGAGGAUUACCAUUCUGAGGUCUACAAAUCCCAAGACUACAACGACAUCAAUGGGGAAUCCUUGGAUUUCCAGCAUUUUUCAGGAGAUGAAGGUAUGGAGAUUAAAAAGCAGAUCACUGGCAUGAGGAGACUGUUAAAUGACAGUACUGGACGGGUUUACCAGCGUGUUGGCAAGGAAGGCGAGAAACUCAAGGAAGGUGUGCAUGAUCUGGACAUGAGUUGGACUGAUAGUCUGAGCACUUCAUGUGCUGCUGCUGCUGAUCCCAGUCACUCAACACAGCCUCCAUGGAACAAUGUGCCAAUCCAAACCAGCGAGUUUUCAGGACAGUAUGGGACCCGAUCUAAGACUGUGCAGAAUCAGAUGAAAAGUCCAGGAACUAAUGGUGAGUUACGAAUGGUGAAUUCAGUGUCAGAAGCAAAGUGCUGUACAUGUAGCUGCCAACCCACUCUCCAGGCCAUCCUUCAGGAGCUAAAAGCAAUGAGGAAGUUCAUGCAAGUACAGGCAGUUGCACAAACCCGACAGCAGACCGCACCGUCAUGUCUUUGCUCCCAGAAGACCAUUCUCUCAAGAAAACGAAUCCUGAAGAAAAAAGUUCUUCCAAAGAAUACAACCAUGACCUCGGUACACAGCACGAGUGUGAAGGAACACAAGCCGCUGCUUCUUCCAGACAGGUCCUCCAGUGUGCCACAAGCAGAGCCCGUCAAGAAAGAAGAUGAUCACAUCCCAGCAUUCGGUAUUGUUGUCAACUCGUCAUCCUCUGAUCCAGAUGUGCAGUUGGCAGAAGGGUUUGAUGUCUUCAUGCCGAAAUCCCAGCUGGACUCCAUAUUGUCUAACUAUAAGAGAUCCGGCAGCCUGCUCUUUAGGAAACUCGUGUGUGCUUUUUUUGAUGAUAAAACUUUGGCCACAUCAUUACCCAAUGGAAAAAGGAAGCGUGGACUCAAUGACAACAGGCAAGGACUGGAUCAAAAUAUUGUGGGAGCAAUAAAAGUCUUUACAGAAAAAUAUUGCACUGCUAACAAUGUAGAAAAGGUUCCUGGGCCACGACAUUGGGUGCAGAUUCUCCAGGAUCAGAUCAAACUCGCUAGGAGAAGAUUAAAAAGAGGCUGUGAUCUAGGAAAUUCUCUUCAGACUACCGAUGAUGAAAUGUGGCUUCAUUCAAAGGCAGGGUUCUGAGCAGCAAGUGUCCAGAAGACACCUGUCCAGCAGGCGCUACAUCCAGAACCUUGUGCUGACUUCUUUAGGACAUCUGUAUGAGUAAAAGGUCUAUUUUUUAAUAUCAGGCAGGACGUUAAUCACAAACAGGGUUGACAGUGUGGCUUUAUAGUGCAGCCCCUGUGGCUUGCUCCCAGGUGGCAUGCUUUUGGUAAAAACUUCUUCUCUGAAGAUUAUUGCUGUUUUUGGGGCGUACUGGCAUUACACUCUUAGAGUCACGUCUUAAUGUGAUCCAGGGGACAUGGAGUCUGCUGUCUAUGCUUUACAUUAGGGAUUUUUUUAUGAGGUUGGUUAGGCGUUUCAGAGACAUUCUUCUUUUUACUGAAAACUUAGCAUUCAUUUACAUUAGACAUAAGACACACUGGUUGAUUAAUCUGCAAUGUAGGGGAAUUUAUUUACAAGAGUUUUCAUAUCUACAAUCACAUAGUGAACUAAUUACAGUCUAGUGGGGAGAAAUAAUUCUAUCCCAUAAUAUACACGAUACCGUGCCCAAGAAUAUAUAUGACAUAGAAAUCGCCAGCUUCUGUAAUCAAGUGAUAACAUUUAGUGAUUUAAAGGGUUU